CCCUCCUAGUGAUCCUCAUUCAGUUCUUAGUAUACUCAUUGAUUCAUUAUUGAAUCGAUUCACAUCAAUGCUCGUUAAUGGUACUGCAACUACACCUACUAGUAAUUCCAAUUCUAAUUCUCCUGAUUCUGACCACACCUCCUUAUCCCCGCCCACCCUCUCAAAAGAUGAAGAGGCAGCCUCGCUGAAAAAGUUCCUCUACAGAGAAGACAUAUUGUUGCUAUUGGCAACCAUACACCACAUGUGUACUCAAGUCGAUUUAUCUAAUUAUGAUUUAGUUGAAUUGUUAUUAGUUGUACUUAGGAGCCUCCUACCGCUAGUGAGGAGAAAUACUGACGAACUAAAUUUAUUUCUCAGUAUUUCUCCAUCGUAUUCUCAUUCAAGAAGGCGGAGUCAGCCACACCCACUCUCGCCAUCAUAUCGCAUCACAAGUGAGUUAAAGAGGAACUCCCUCCCAGCCAUUGGACCAGAAGCAACGGAAUGGAUACCCGAGACCCUCUUGAGCAACCAAUCUCUUUCUUCCUCUCUUGAUGACGUCAAGUUAUUUCUGUUAGUACUAGGAGUAAUAGAAGGACUGACUUGCUCUUCAGUACCCAAGAACAAUCACCAGAUAUCACAACUAAUCAGGUUCCUCUCAAAACUGACGGAUUUCCUUGAAGAGGUCCAACUGGUUUGGAUUGAGACUAGGAAUGCCGGAGAAGAAGAUAUACCGUCGUCCUUUCUAGCCUCGUCUUUAUUCGCUCGUUAUCUCCUGAGGGUGUGGCUUAUAUUAAUUAACAACACUUCUGAGUCGUUACUCUCACCUUCUCACACUUUUGAAUUACGCUCGUUACUGCCCCGCCCCAUUACCAUGGCAACAAAGGCCCCUAUGCGUUUAGGUAAGGGUCUUAUAUUUACAACCAACCGUUAUCUUGAUGGUGAACUAUCGUUAUUAUUUCUCGAAUCAGUCUAUACCUCUGUAGUAGCCAUUAACGCUCUUUCCUUUUCUGAAGCCCCUCCCUUCUCAACUCCACCCACUGUCCUAUCACCAGGGAGCGUGCUACUACCUCCUGAUGCAUUGCUUAACGUAUUAAAUGAAUCCAUCUUUGAUUCAAGUCAGGAAUGGUUACUGUAUGUUUGUUCCAAGUUACAGUCUCUACCACGGAUAAUGGCCACUUGGGACUCUGUUGUUACAGCUGCUCAUUGUCUCCUGGGUCGGUUGAUGAGGGAGCUGGUGUGUAUCUCUGAUCUCAUUCAGGCAGGAAGUAGACAAGAACUAGCGGCUCACAAUAAAUUAGAAGAUGAGGAGGAGGAAGAGGAAGAGAAGGAAGUCCCUAGUGCUCGGUCUUUCUUAAGGGAAGGCUACGUUGAGAUGGAGCAGAGAUUAUGUAAAAUAUCUCAAUCGUUGCUAGUCGUUUUUGAAUCAGUUCCAAGCAUACAGCUGCUUUCAUUACAGCUUCUUGCACAAACCGGUCUUGAUAAGAUUGGUAUAAUCUCUGACUUCCUUCCCCAUAUUUCUCACAGCUCCGUCUGGUCAAUGCCAGAGGUUCUCGACCUUUAUCUCGAGCUAUUAGAGAAGGCAUGGCUUCAAUUAUCGCCCGAUUCCUCGACCACACCCGAGUUUUGGACGAAAGUGAGCAAUUACGUGACGGCGCUUCGAGAGGGUAGCCACCAAACCGUCCUUCAAGUCAUGUUCCAUUUGCUGUUCUUGUUUUCUUCUCAUUCCUCCUGUCACCUCCUCUCAUCUCUCACUCAACACGUCAUCCUCCCAUAUCAUAAAAUGAUACUGGAGAGAAUGAGACAUAAACUGGACUCCAACAAAAGGAGAGAAGAGAAAGGAGAGACCUCGGAAGAGAGAGAGAGAAGAGAGGAAGCUUCAGAGGGCAAGAAAAGCAGAAAUGAGGAAAGGGUGACCGAGUCCUGUUUUGAGAUUGAGGAAGAGAAAGUGAUUCAUCUUUACUUGAAACUCCUCCAAAAAGUUGCGUCACAUCCUAGUAGCUUAGUCCCGUUUCUUGAAGGUCACAAAUCCAAUCUCUUCUCUCUAUUUGUAUUUGUUCCUCUUUCUCAGUUCCGCUCAGAAACACUCGCCAUAUUUUGUAACGUUUUACGAACGCUCUCUCGCCCGUGGGAAUCAAGCAUCAUUCACAGCAGUCACCUCAGUGGCAAUAAAACACACCUCCAGCUAGUCAAUGCCCUCCUUCAGAUAGCUUACGAGUUUAAUGCUCGUGUCCUCUUAGAGAAAUGCAAUAAACUAAUCAAUAGUGGCGGAGAGACUGAUAAUAUAACUAAACCAUUUGAUCUUCGGAAGAUAGAUCAGAUACAUGUACAGAUACAGCAUUUGUUGGACGAGACUAAUAUCAGUCAGCUUGCUACAGCACCUCUUGUUAGUCAUUUACAAUUGGUCUCUGAUGUCUGGUGUAUACUGGUAGAGGCCACGUCGACUUGUGAUGGUAUACUGGUGUUAAUGAAUGAAAAUCACAUAUGGGACGUUAUACAGGUGCUUGCUCCUUCUCUUGCCAGCCUGUUAGAGAGGGUGUGGAUUUGGUCGGGAAAGGGGGAGGGGAGCAACGUGUUUAGCAAGCUAAGGGAGGUCUGUGUGUCACUCCUCUGUCACCUUCUCUCUAUGGCAACCAUUGUAUGUAGAGUAAGGGAGAAUCCUUCAAAGGUAUUGGAGUUCCAUUGUUCUGAGGUCCAUUCAUUCCUUCAUGGUAGUAAAUUAUGCACUGCCUCAAACUCAUCUCAAUACAUAGCUACGCUCCUCAAGACUGCUACCUUCUAUUCUCCCGAGCCUUCUUCAGCUCCUGUCUCUCCUCGUCGCUCUAGCUCAGGCCCUGGCCACAACCACAGCCUUAAACCAACCCGCAGUCCUAGUCACAGGAGCAGACACUCCUCUAGUCGAGGCUCAACUAGUAAAAUAAGUCCGUCUCGUAACUCACUUCAUUCGUCUCACGGCAGUGCUAAAGGUAGUCCAAUUUUAUCACGCCGUCAGUCCAAGAUACGUCCCCUCACCUUGCCCAGUGACACCAAGGUCACGCGUAAACCCAUCAAACUCAUCAGCCCAACCGUUGCCCUUUCCCCCAGCAAUAGACUCCAUCCUUUCUUCCCAGCCGUGAUAGACGGGGAGUCUGAUUAUUCCGGGUAUGAUGCUGAUACGGAGUUUGGUGGUAGAGCAAGGGCUGGGUCGCUCUGGAGCGAGGGAGGUACCCCUGAGGAGCCUAUAGGAGAGGAGGAGGAGAGGGUCGCAGGGAGUGGGUUUGGCCUACAUAGUCCAGUGACUACAGUGAAGGUACCGGAGGAUAUUAAGAAGAGACUGUGGCUUGAAGGCCCUGUCUGGCAAUGCUUGGAGCUAUUGAAGGAAUGUGUGGAGGAUGCUACUACCAAAACACAAUGUGACUCCGCUCUUGAGCUAUUUCUUGCUUAUCUUCUUGAUCUACUGAAAGCUGACAAUUUCAACAUAUCACUUCUAGCCAGGAAGGGAAUUCUUGGUUUUCUCUUGGACUCAUUUUCAAAUCUUUUUGACUCAAAAACUGAGAGAAGUAAAAAUUGUUCCAAGUUAUUGUGUCAGUUGGUUGAAGUCCUGGCCAGUUAUCAAGUCUCUCACUCUGACCUUAGGAAACUGUUCUUAAAACUCCAAGGAAAUAAAGAAAACUUGGAGCAGCUAGUCUCAAUGCUUUAUAAAGUAGCUAAACAGAAUUCACACAACAGACAACCCUCGAGCUACAUUGAGUUUAGCUUCCCUCGUCCGUCAAUGAAGCUGAGCUGGUCAGAGAUGCUCAGGCUACCCUGUCCACAGUCCACUAGCCUUCAUCACUGUGCACUGUCAAUGUGGCUCUAUAUUGGGAAGUAUCCAUUGGAGUCUUACUUUCAUCUGCUCUCUCUCCUCACUGGUGAAGUCUACGUUCAGCUCUGGGCCUCUCCUUGCAGUGGAGACAUUGUUGUAACUUUUUCAGAUCAGAUCAAGCACACUUGUCUUGAUGAUGCGUCUGGUGCCAAUUCGGUCACUUCAGGCAGUGCAUUGACACUCAACUCAUUCCAUCAUUUAUAUAUCAGCAUUAAAUAUUCUUCAAGACUAUGUCAGGUGGAGAUUGUCAUUGAUGGAGGUGACGUGUUUAAUUACACUCUAAAUCUCUCCUCAUCCCUUGCUCAGUAUAAUGAAGGCUACUGUGGCAUUGGUGGAGGUGUAGUCAGCAACAUAACAUCAGAGAGACACAUUAAACUAGUCAAUGCUGACAAGAUGAGCCUAAAAUGGAGACUUGGAUCACUUAAUAUAUUUGAUGGUUCUUAUGAUACUAAUCUAGCUAGUCUAUUGUAUCAGUUAGGCCCAGAGUCCCCUCCAUCUUGUAUUGGUGAAUUAGGUGAUAUACUUACAUCCAGUUAUGUCGAGAUGGCAUCUGAUUCAACUGAAGUUAAACAAAUUGGUAUAACUGAUUCCCAGCUCCAAGCUAUUCAAUGGCCUGUUGUAUCAUAUUGGGCCCAUCAAAGUCAAAAGGUUUAUUUCGUUAGUUUAAAAGAGACCAAGAGAGAGACUGACCCACACAAUCCUUCCUCCUCUUCCGACAGCAUCAUAGUUAGAAUACCCAGUGUGGAUCAGCUACAGUGGGUAGCAACAGCAUCUCCUAUCAACCAGCCACAGCUGUUUGAUGUGCUCCUGAACUGUAUUGGAUUAGAACAGCUACUCUAUCUUUAUGCUAAGACGGUAAGCAAAGGUUGCUCAGAUAUAGCACAGUUCCACACGCUCUCGCUGAUUCAGCUAACAGUUCAUCACUCGCCACAAGCUAAACUCGAGUUCCGUCAGUUGAAAGGGAUCACAUUACUACAGCAAGUACUGAGGACUAGCAAGGCAGCUCUUACAAGAAAUAUUGCUAAAGUAUUUCUUGAUUGGGCUUGUGGCCCAGAGAGAAUAGAAAUCAAACACACUGACAUUCUGGAGCAUAUACUACUCGACUGGCACAUCUGGUGUCGCUCGCCCGUGGAGGUGUGGCAGAUGUUGCUAUGGCAACUGGAACAGCUCCUCAGUCCGGAGAACAGCCACUCGGAACUAAAUCGAAAUCACUUCCUCGCAGCAGAAGCACUCAAGAAAAUACUACUGACCAGUAAAGAGAGGAGGUCACUUGAAUCCAAUGAGCCACUAGAUAGUUCAAUAUCGAUGAUUUUCGUACGUUUGAUAGCGUUAUUGUUGGGAGACCCGCCCCACGAGGCUUGGCUCAAGUAUGUUUGGGACCAUCUACUCCUUCCCGAUCUUAAUGAUGCUAAACUAGUCAGAGGAGACAUUAAUCUGUCACUAGUAGAAACAUCAAAGUUACCAAAGUGUUCGCCGAGUCAAUCUAUGAGUUCACUUGAGUCACACAGUGCGGGUAAACUAGGAGACAGGGCAUCACUAGGAGGAGGGGGAGGAGGAGGGAGGGAUGAAGGAGGAGAAGAGACCGAGAAACAUGACAACGAGUCUGAGUCUGAUAUGGAAGUUGUUGAGUUUGACGUUCAGUCUCUCGCUGGCAGAUUACCCGAUUCUUCAUACAGCGACUUAGAGACUCUCUUCACUUGGACUGACAUCACCGGCCUCCCAUUCCUCAAUGACAGUGAUAUAAAGGAGACAGUCCCUGUCAGUAUUGAGACUGGGCUCCUCUCACACAUAAGGAAGAUCAUAUGUCUCUUGCCCGACACUCAAGUCCGUAAGGUCCUUGGGCCUAUACUUGAUCAGGACAGCAUUGUCGUUAUGGCAGACCAUCCUUCUAUCCUUGUCAGGACUGCUGUCGUUAGGGUUCUUGGUGAGUUCUUUCGUAGAGCUGGUGAUAGCUCUCAGGCUAAUUUUCUCCAGGUGAAGGGUUUCAAUCUCCUCGGGAACCAGCUGAAGCAGCACACCCUCUCGUUUGAGCUAGUCAGUGCUCUAUUCAGUAUUGUAUUCGGACAAGAGAUUAACCUGUUUGACCAGUCUUCUGGUACAUUUCAAGUUCCACAGUCUUUGAGUGGUUUCCAGUUCAAUGCAGUAAUACCAAUCCUAAUGUGUAUAGCUAAUACACUGCCUGAUCCUAACCUCUGUCACACUACACUCUGUGUAUUAAGAGAAUUAUUUGAGAUGGUUAAGCUCAUGCCUGCGUGCAUGCUUAGUAACGGGCUCCUGAAGAUGAUCUGUCAGAUGAUUAUAUUAAUACCAGAAUCAACAUCUUUAUCAAAGGAGAAUAAGCAAACCCUAUUAACUGAUCUCUUUAAUUUCUGUAAACUGAUUGUCCUGUACACACUGAGUGCGGAACUUGAGGAAAACUUUAGAUUUCUCGAGACUCUCCUGGUAUGUCUCAAACACUGUCUGGAUGAGAUUAAGAAAAACAGAACCUCAAUGACAUUAACCAUAGUAUACCUGGAGCAGUUUAUCUAUCAUACGCUAGCGGAAGCCUUACAGUUCUUUAUAGCUGGUCCUAUAACAGACGGCGGUGGUCUCAUAUCACCUUUUGCCUCAGUACAGUCUCUAGCAACUCAGACCGAGCUACAGACUAGAUUCAUUCAAACUUCAGCUAUGUCCGUUGAGUGGUUAAUUAAUGACACGCCCCCUCUCACUGGCGAGGUUGUUUCCCGUUUUACUGACGAGGGGUUUGUGCGUAGAGGGAUGCUCUUUGAUAAGAAGAUGUCGUCAGCUGCCACUGUGGCCGGUUACACCUCCUUUCUCUUGCGUUUCUUUCACCGCUCAUUGCGUGGCUCAGGGAAAAAAUCGUUUAGUCAGUAUGAGUCGUCUUCUCUUCGCUAUUUUACAAGCUCAAGAGGACAAUUGAUUGAGCAGUUCUCAAAGUUGCUUGGUUUCUUACUCUCUCCGAUUCAUUCUCAUCAGUUUCGUCUCCAGCUGAUAAAGUCCUUUCAUUUACUCGACGACUUUUCAUCUCUCCUCUCAUUACUAUUUAGCUCUCAAACUAAAAAACUGUUCUGUGGUCGUUUGAUUCUAACUAUAACAGAUCUAAUGCAGUCUCCUAAUGUCCACAGUGACGUUCAAUCAAUGGAGGCCUAUAAUGACAUAUUUGAUGCCUGUUCUAGCACUGGGUUCACUAGAUUAAAACCAAGCACUAAGUUAUCCUCACUGCUGAUGACCCAUGAGGAUGAUGAUAGCAGAUCCAAGCAAAGGAUUGAGUCAAUUAAGGAUGAAAUGAAAAAUGCUGAUCAGAGAUGGGCGGAGAGAAUGGAGUCUGGAAAGAAAGACUUUGAUUAUCGCCGACAAACUAUUUACAAUAAAAUGAUAGAGAGAUUGAGGACUAAGGAAGCAGCUGUGAAGAGAGCGUCAAUACAAGUCACUGAGAGAGUGUUUGGGAGACAAAAGGAGUUGAGACUGAGUCUAUUGGGACAGAUAGAGUUAGCCGGAGUACAGGAGAAGGAGACUCUCAGACAAUGGAAGAAAAUCAUUGCAUCAAUCACUCACCCACGAGGGAUAUGGAGUGAGGAUGAGCCACGGCCAUUGUGUUGGCAGUUAGAUCCAACCGAAGGUCCAUCAAGAGUGAGGAGAAGACUGAUGAGGUCAACACGUAUGACCAGUGAGAAGUUUCUACUACGUGAAGCUUGCACUGGAGAAUCAGGCAUAAGAUGUUCACCUUUGUCAUUUAUAUUUGAGGAAACAGCCUAUGACAGUGCACAGGGAAUGCUAAUGAAAGUUUUGAGGCAGCCAAAUGAAGAUAUAAUCGGUAAUACACAUCAGCGGUGCUAUAUUAUAUCACCUGACAGCAGUUGCAUUGGAAACCUACUAAUUACCAAUAUUUCGUGUUAUUUUAUUGGAGACAAGCCCCUAGGAGACCCUAACAUUGCUAAAGUGGUGGCACUAGACGAGAAGACACAGUUGAUGUCAUGGAGACAUACUGAUGUCGUUGAAAUACACAGAAGAAGAUACAUGCUCAAAGAUAAUGCACUCGAGAUAUUCCUUAUAAACGGGAUCACUUUAUUGCUCUCCUUUGAUACCACCAUGGAACGCAAUAAAGUUCACUCUGGGCUCCUUGAGCUUGAUAUGCCUAAUCUUGUUGAUCCUGGAGGAGAAGGAGAAGGAGGAGGCAAAUUAAAAGCAUUGACCAUCGGAUGGCAGCAAGGAGAAAUAUCUAACUUUGAGUAUUUGAUGGAAUUGAAUAAACUGGCAGGUCGGACAUUCAAUGACCUGAUGCAGUAUCCAAUAUUUCCUUUCAUCCUCUCGGAUUAUACCAGUGAAGAGCUAGACCUGUCCAAGGACUCUUCAUUUAGAAUACUGGAGAGACCCAUAUCUAUUCAAGAUGAUAGCAAGAUUAAAAAAUAUAUUGACAGAUAUCAGUAUAUACUAAAUGAGUGUACUAAUCAAGGGUUCAUGAUGCCUGGUCUCUCCUCCAUAUCAUCAAAGCCGUACCAUUAUGGCUCUCAUUACUCCAACUCUGGGAUCGUGCUUCACUUCUUAGUCCGUAUCCCUCCUUUUACUGAUAUGUUUCUAGACUUUCAAGGUAAGAGUUUUGAUAUCGCCGAUAGAUCAUUUCACAAAGUGGCUACCACCUGGUGGCUAUCGUCCUCUGAAUCAGCUACUGACGUUAAAGAACUUAUCCCAGAAUUCUUCUACUUUCCUGAAUUCUUAACCAACUCAGAAAGGUUUAAAUUAGGCGAGAAGCAAAACGGAGAAACAGUUGAUCAUGUGGUGUUGCCUCCAUGGGCCAAAGGUGACCCAAGACUCUUUGUCCUCAAACACAGACAGGCACUUGAGAGUGAGUAUGUGUCCAAGCACUUGCACGAGUGGAUUGAUUUGGUGUUUGGAUACAAGCAGACUGGUAGAGCUGCUGUGAAUGCUGUCAAUGUCUUCCAUCCUGCUACAUACUAUGGUGCUGACGGUAUUGAUGUUGAUUCAAUAUCAGACGUCACUCAACAGGAAGCACUCAAAACGAUGGUAAAGACGUACGGGCAGAUGCCCCUCCAGUUAUUCAAGGAGCCUCAUCCUCAUCGCUCUAAAACAACAGUCCGUACAACACUACUCAUCAGAUUCGGCUCAAUAUUAAAAAGAUUGACCUCAUCUUCCUCAGCACCGCUUAAGAUAAACAACUCAAUAAUAUCCCACAGUAUGAAACUAAUAAAACCCAAAGUAUCACUAGACUGUGUCUUCAUCGGCCAGCCGGACCCUCCUUUCUCUCACCGCCCCAUUGUAACAACCACUGUCCCACUCUCACCGGAGCGACUAACCUGCCUGUGGAACGGUGAAGUGGCCAUUACUGAUCAGGAUGCUGCAUUCUUUCCGAGUCCAUCAGGGACUUAUAACAGUUUAUUCAUCUCGUGGGGUCAUUGGGAUAAUGCCAUACUCAUUAGAUCUGUUGGUAUCAGUGAUCAUUCUAUUACCAUCAAACUACACAAUUCACCUCUUAACAGAGUCACCUGCUGUCAAGUGGUAUGCAAUGGUCAGAUGCUUGUUAUAUAUGGUGGAAGUGGAGUAGUAUCAUUCUGGAAGCUAAAUAACACUGCUAAACAAAAUCCAUCAUAUGCUGGCGGCGUGACACAUUUAAGAGGUCACACUGGUCCAGUAAAUAGUCUGGUAUCAUGUAAACCUUACAGCAUUGUUGUCAGUGGUAGCUCAGACUGCACUUGCAUUAUAUGGGACACCAAUAGGUCAGCUAUAAUCAUGCAGUUAUAUUAA